AUGGCCGACGAAACCCCCAGAACAGACUCAGCGGCGGAUGCACCGCAAAUUGUAGCACCAGCUGAAUCUGCUGUCAAUGGACAUAACUCAGACCAGAAGGAUGUGACAAUGUCUGAUGCGCCAGUCGAUCACCCUGCAUCAUCUCCUGCUCCAGCUACUCAUGCGCCCAGCCCCAUACCUGCACGAACAGGAACUCCGGCCCAAGGUUCCAGAGCUGCUUCUGCGCAUCCGGAUUCUGGUCUUAGCCUACCAGCCGAAGCUGCCCCUCAUGGCGAUUCAACACGACGAUAUCUCAACACAAAGGUUACCGGAGUAUUGCCGAGCGAUCCUCUGCGGGUACUAGGAGAGUAUCUCAUUCAAAAGUCAAAGGAACUGGAAGGCACUGGCUAG